ACAUUGUUAUCCUAGUUCACAACAUCGCUCGGUGUCUCCUCCACUUUGCCAAACAAAACACAUUCACUACGUGACUUUUUCUGAGGCGAAAUCCACCCACUCCCCGCAGGACAACUCCGAAACUCCAUAAAAAAAUACAAGCAAACUCCCGGUGCCACGCCCAUUCGAUUGCAGACGCCAGAACGCCCCCCACCAGGACAACAAUGAGAGCGGAAAGGAAGGGGCAGGCAAGUGGCAGGGGAAGUGGCUGUGGCAGUGGACACAGGUGGCUCUUGGUCUCUCUGACCGUCUUGCUCCUGGUCGUCCCGCCGCAUUUGGUCGACGGCCGUUACCUGCCGACAAGGUCGCAUGGCGACGAUUUGGACAAGUUGCGUGAGCUGAUGCUGCAGAUUUUGGAGUUGAGCAAUGAGGACCCACAGCAGCAGCAACAGCAGCAGCAACACCCACAGCUGCGUCUGCACAAUGAGGCCGCCGGUGGCAACAACAACAACAACCUCGGCAGCAGCAACAACAAUCCACGCGUGUCCAACGGCAACUCCAAUGCCGCCUGGCUUCAAAAGCUGAGUGCCAUGGGCGCCCUGGAUGAGUUGGGCGGAGAUGGUGCCCGUUUCGGACCCAACUAUGGACGCUACUAAGCCAUCUGAGCCAAAAACACCUGACAACAACAACAACGACAAAGACAACAACAACGACAAUGGCAACAACUACGACAAAGGAAAAACGGAACUCGGGGAUUGGGGGAAACCAUGUUGUGAACGAGAGUGUUUGGGGUCCGGAAAAAGGGAUAGUGGCGUCCGGAAAUGUUCCCCGGAUUAAAAUCCAAUUCAAACGAAAGCAAAGUGUGUGAAAAUGGACAAAUAAAUGGAGCAAAGGAUUCUCGUGAAAAUCACUUUGAAGCACUCUGAAUGGGCUUGUGCCAUUUUCAAAUUAAAAGGGCACUCUGCCAAAUCACUUCAAAGGCUUGACAUCUUUUAUAAAAAAUAGACCUUUUUCAUUUCGUUUUAAGGAAGUAAGUUUUUAAAAUACAUAAUUUAAUUUGAAUUAUAUCAUACGAGUCUUGAAAAAUCAUUUCCAUAAAUUUAAAUCCUAUAAAUCAAAGUUAUAACAAAUGUAUUGAAAAAUCAUAUAUUCCAAAAAUUUAAAGAGGUAAACCACAUCUGAAAGUUCUUAAAAUUUGAUAAUAAAUAUUUAAGUCUUACAUUGAAUUGUGGUUAACCAAACUAUUUUCAUUUGAAAGAAACUUUUUACCUUUACCCACAUUCAUUUUAGAUUUAAUACGAAAUAAUGUCUUAAGAACAUAAACGUAAACCACACUAUCAAUUUCAACAUGGUUUCGCCCUUUUCCCCAAAAAGAAUCAAACUCAAAGGUUUUAAAUGCAAAAAGAUUAACUGAAAGUAAAUUCAGAAGAAAAAAAACUGAAAGUGGAAACUUAAAAGGACAAAAGCAGUUCCUAUGCUAGAACAAUAAUUUUUAAAUCCUUUGGGUAAACCCGAAGCGAUAAAUGUACCUAUAUGUAUGUACCUAUGUGUUGUAGAGCAACCCCGUCCCUCAGAUAAACAAAAAAAAAACAAGAAACUCUUUAAAUGUACCCCUUUAAUGGUCUAGAUUAAGUGCGGAUUUUCAACUUCUUUUUGCGCGGCCAAACACGAGACAUAAAUUAAAAGCACCAUAAAAUUGUAAAUAUUUUACCCCCCGAAAACGAAAAGCAAAACCGUCCACUCCCGCCCCACGAACAAUAAUAACUGGAGUUUUAAUGGGCCCCCAAGGCUGACCGGGGCAUAUGAAGAUAUAUACUAAAAGUGUACUGUGUAUUUAUAAAUUAUACUACUCCCAACUAACCUCCACUAGCUGCGAACGGCCUCCGCUGGAAGAUGGGCCCAAGCUUAAUGCGAUUUCGGUCGAGACUUUAUGGCCAACACAACAUGUCGAGGGAGAUAUAUACUUAUACCUAUACCUAUAUUUAUACACACUACUUAAUUCGUACCUCUAUAUAAAUGUACAUUUAAUUGUUGUUAACUUACGUUAUCGUUAUUACUUAUGUAUGGAUUCGCCGCAGAAGCAACAAUAAAAGAAAUCAUUUUCAAUGCAA